AUGCCUCGCCCUUCAGGCUUCACGGACGCUGAACUUGCAGCGGCGGCAUGGCGGCGGAACAUGAAGAACAAGGGAGCCAACGCGCAGGGUAUCGAGCAGCGAGAGCAGAGCGCUCAAACAGAGCGCAAAGCGGAGCGCAAAGCGGAGCGCAAAGCGGAGCGCAAAUCAGACCGCAGAACAGAACGCAAGUCUUCCUCCUCCGGAAGCAAGAAAAAAAAGAGCAGCAGAGACAAGGACGGCAAGAGCAAGCGGGAUGCCGUGGCGAGGAAAUCGAUCAGAAAAAGCAAGUCCAAGCGGCGAGAGCGCAAGGAGCGAGGGGGCAGAAGCCGCAGCGUCAGCAUGGGCAGAAGCGUUACCAGCGGCGGGGGGGGGGGGGGCUGGAGCAGCGCUAGCAGCAGCGGCGGUAGCAGCGGGAGGAGAAGCUUGAGCAGCGACGGUCGGGUGUUCUUCGAGGACGUGGACGGGGAGAGAGACGUGGAGCCACAAGCCGCCAGGGCCGAGGAUCCAAUGGCUAGGGUGGGGCUGCUCGGGAUGCUCGGGUCAACAGACGAUGUCCCGUCGGACCCUCGAAGGCCCGACCACGACGACCGCGACGCGCGGUGGCGAGGGGGCAGGGCGGGCUUCCCCCCGGGAGCGCGAACCGGCAUCGCAACCUCCACGGCCAGAGGCAGGGGGGCGCGCGGCGAAUCGUCGAGCGAGCUGGCGUGGGAGAGAGGUCGUCUGCGUGGCCGGCGGGAGCGAGGGCGGCGGGGGGCCCGUGGCGGAGUCUCGGAGGAGGGGGGGGGGGAGGAUUUACAUGGCCGAGGGAGGAGGCGGACGAGGAGAGGUCGAAGCCCGGGGGGUGAGGAGGUUGCGCGGAGCCUCAGCAGAAGCAUCAGUCGGGAGAGACGAACUAGGCAGAGUAGCCGGAGUCGAAGCGCCAGCUUGCGAAGGAGCAGGAGCCGCGACAGGGCCGUCACCGGGCUGCUGGACGAGAUUAUGGGCAAGGUUAAUCCUGCCGAUGUCGCUAAGACGUGGACCCACGACAUGUACGAAGAGGCGGCGGGGGCGGACAGGGGUAGGCAGAGUGAGGGAGGUGCUGCGCUGUGA